CUGCUGCUGCUGCCCGGACUCUCCGUGUGUUCGUCUGAAAAUUGGUUGCCAGCUGGGCGGGGCUCCGUCUAAUCUUUGGAGAAAGACAUGAAACUGUGAACUAGCAGCCACCCUGCAGCAUGAGUCUACGAGAGAUCACAGAGAAUGUGACGCUGGCCCGUGAAUACGCCCUGCUGGGAAACUACAGCUCGGCCUGUGUUCUCUAUCGUGGGGUCCUUGAACAAAUCCAGAAAUAUGUGUCCGCUGUGCGAGACGGCAGUUUACAGCAGAGAUGGCAGCAAGUAAAUAUGGUGUGGCAAGAAAUUAGUGAAGAGAAUCAACAGGUUCAGGACAUAAUGUCGACUCUGGACAACUUCCAGCUGGACACAUCACCUGUGAAACCCAGUAACUAUGAUGAUUUCGAAAAAAGGCCCGUGCACGUGGAACAGAGACAUUCUCCUUGUCCUGUCGGACGUUCUUCUAACUUCUAUAAAGAGAGUAAACCUGCCAACAACCGUCUGAGCGGCGCUGGGAGGGCUCAGCAGAGGCACGCGCCUCGAGGGGCCAACGGGGACAGAAGCAAACCUUUCAAAGGCAAAGAAAAGAAGGAGACAAAGGAGGCUGCUGGCAAAGCAAAGGAUGACAAGAACAAAAAAACAGAUGUCCAGGAGAAUGAAGUGAAAAAGUUUGAUGGGACGGGAUACGAUAAAGACCUUGUCGAAGCUCUGGAGAGAGAUAUUAUAUCUCAGAAUCCAAGUGUGAAAUGGGAUGAUAUUGCAGACUUAGAAGAUGCAAAAAAACUCUUAAAAGAAGCGGUCGUGUUGCCGAUGUGGAUGCCAGCAUUUUUCAAAGGCAUAAGAAGACCAUGGAAGGGGGUGCUUAUGGUGGGACCUCCAGGAACGGGGAAAACACUUUUGGCCAAAGCAGUUGCUACAGAAUGCAGAACCACAUUCUUCAACGUGUCCUCGUCUACGCUCACAUCAAAGUACAGAGGAGAGUCUGAGAAGCUAGUUCGCCUACUCUUUGAAAUGGCACGUUUUUACGCUCCCACUACGAUCUUCAUUGAUGAAAUUGACUCGAUGUGCAGCCGCAGAGGGACAUCAGAGGAGCAUGAGGCCAGCAGGAGAGUCAAAGCAGAGCUACUGGUGCAGAUGGAUGGUGUCGGUGGAGCAUCGGAGAAUGACGACCCGUCAAAGAUGGUGAUGGUGCUAGCCGCCACCAACUUCCCCUGGGACAUUGACGAGGCUCUGAGAAGACGGCUGGAGAAGAGGAUUUACAUCCCUCUGCCUUCAACUAAAGGGAGAGUGGAGCUGCUCAGGAUCAAUCUGAAGGAGCUGGAGCUGGCCAACAACGUGGACUUGGACAAGAUCGCUGAGCAGAUGGAGGGUUACUCAGGAGCCGAUAUCACCAACGUUUGCAGGGACGCCUCUCUGAUGGCCAUGAGGCGAAGAAUCGAGGGCCUCACGCCAGAAGAGAUCCGCAACAUUUCCCGGGAUGAGAUGCACAUGCCAACCACCAUGGAGGACUUUGAAACAGCUCUGAGGAAAGUGUCCAAAUCGGUUUCUGCAGCUGACCUGGAGAAGUACGAAAAGUGGAUCGAAGAGUUCGGGUCCUGCUGAAAAGAGCUACAAUCCGACUCAUCUGUGCUUGACCGUGUAACUAGUGAGACACUGAGCAAUCCAAGUAAACUGUAAGUUCUGGCAAAACCAUGUGUGUCAGGCUAAGACUAUGUAUUCUCUUGAAUCAGGCAGGGGAUUUAGAUGGAGGUAGGUUAUUACAGUGGUUAAAUAAGUGCACUUAAAAACAGCACCUCUUCUAUUUGUACACUAUGUCAAUGUUAUGCAAUUUUUAAAUCUGAAAAGGUCUACAGAGUCAACUUGAAGAAGGUAUGGAUGAUGGUUGGUGUCAUUUCAUUUGCACAAUGUUUUAAUGGUCAUGAAAUCAUCAAAUGUGUUCCACAUUCGGACAAAACAAACGGAGCUGUGAGAGAAGUUCAAACUGAGGCUACAAAUCUCCAGCAAGACAAUGACAAGUUAAUUUUCAGACAAGUUUUACUUCCACUUUAUCCAAGUGUCAUAAUAUUAUGUUUGUACUGUUUUGUCAGUGAGAUGUUUGAAAGUAAAUCAAAUGUUAUUCCUGUUGGAUUUUUUUCCUUGUUUUUCUUGCACUUGGUCAUACUUACAACCACAUGGUUCUGUGACAUUUUUGGAGAUGUAAAUUAUUAUAAACAUAACACUAACCAGAUGUUUCUAUGAAUAAAGUUACGUUUAUAAACAGUGA